AUGAUGGACGCCUCUACUCUCAGUGGCCUCACCCGCGUCCAGCUCCAAAAGGUCGCAAAGGCAUCCUGGCUACUGACCUCUAUUCAGCUGCAUGGCAUCAAAGCCAACAGAAAGACGGGGCUGAUCAUCGAGGACCUCCUCGACAAGUACCCUUCAGGCGUCCCAAAGACGUCUCGCAAAUCCAAGAGAACUGCGCCUCUCUCUGCUCCUAUCCACCCGCCCAGCCCGUCUGGAUCCCACACUGUGCAUCUCACUGGCCCCCACCCUCUUCCCAUCGAGGUGCCACAUGCCUCCACAUCCUCCGUCAUGAUCCCGCCUCCUCCCUCUGCUGCGCCAUCACCUCCUACUAUCCCGCGCACACCUGUCCAACCUGUCCGUCUCUCAAGCCCCCCUCGGACAAGCCCCCAGACAAGAACGAACAGGAAGCAGGCCCAUCGAUCAACGGUGGCGCAGGGGAGUCCAAUUCGCGCGCCACACUAUGCAUCGGUGUCAGCGGCUUCGACGUCACGCAGACUCUCCAACGCUGGAGAACGCUCAGUGGGCUUCGUGUCUCCCCAACCAUCUCCAGAGUUCCCUCACGUGAUGCGUGGCUCUUCGCGCGCACAUACCCCUGUGCCACUCAACUUCGAGCAGUCGCUCAAAGGCAAGGGUGAGGAUGAAAACCCGCAUGCAUCUGGGGAGAAUGCAGGUCUGGCGCCCUCGACGCCUCGCAUGGCGGAAAGCCCUUUCUUGGGCUCUGCGCAGCGCAGAAAACGCGAUCUUUACCGUUCGCCCACCCCAGCGCCGACUAGCUUCCGCAAGUCCCUCGAUAACAGGGCUGAAGACGCGGACAAGGAGCGCGACAGCGACCAGGGCUCUCAGUCGCCGCGAGGCUAUACGCCCAACUCGCCGCCAUACCGUCCUGCCUCGUCAGGCCAUCAGUCAUCGCGAGGAUGCACCCCCAACUCGCCCCCAUAUUGUCCCGUCUCGCCAAAUCUCCCCCCGAGAGUGUAUUCGCCCUCCUCCGUCGACUCUUUCUUACGUAGCUUGAAUCUUCCUCACUCCCCACUCCCACUCCCUCCCUCUGCCCCUUCUGCCCACCUCCCUCUUGCACCGCCUCAACCUCUUCUUCCUGUUAGUGGCACGAAGACCAGUGUAGUCAGUGCAUCUCAAAAGUUCGUCGAUGUCGCUACUCUGCGACACUUGACGGGCAUGAUGCAGGAGAUGGCAGACUCGAACCAGGCUGCCGUCGACCACCUUCCACGCGUCAUGCAGGAGGCAGCGUGUUUGAUGGUUGAGGUAGAGCGCUAUCGUGAACUGCUGCUCAUUGCACGGCGACAGAGACUCGACCUCCAGGAGUGGUUGACGAAGUUCAUCAACGACUGCGGCGAGGGUGAGGUGGAUCAGAAGGUAACGGAGGAUCGUCGGCGAGAGGUUCACAGGAAGGAUGCAGGUGCCACAUGCGAAAUUCCCCGUCCUUCCGACCAGGCACCUUCAGCGAACCAACGUGGCACUGAAGAGAGGGUUGCUGGAGAAGGUGCAGUGCAUGCUGCGCAGUCGGACUCGAAUGGAGCGGGCCGACCGUCUUCAAAUGUCUUCGGAUUCCGUGGCACCGAGGCUGCCCUCUUGCCGAAGUCUCCCAAUGGAUCGAACAGGGAUACAAGAGAAGUGUUUGGAGGGGCACGUGCAGCGCACCCUUUUCCCGUUGAUCGAGCGACUGUCAUAUUUGGCGACGACGACGACGAGGAGGCUGACCAAGACUUCACGGCGCCGAGCCAGCGUGCUCCUGUCGUUGGCGAGGAUGGCGAAGUGCCGGAUCGGGAGGACUGGGAUCCCUCGAGGCGCGCGCUCUUCUUUGGAGAGUAUGAUGAUGAGCCUGAUCGGUAUGAAGACAGGCAUAGCUCUGUAGACCCGGAAGAGAUCCCCGAGGUGUCGACCUUGCCGACACAAACCCCUGCCUUGGCAUCACCGCCGCACUCUGUGCGUGCGCCAUCACACAGUCCCCUCAAUAUCACAUUUGGAUAUUACCCGGGAUCGACCGAUAACUUCCCCCUCUCGCCCCCCCUCCGCCGGGUGAGCAGUUCAGAGCGGGAGUAUACCCCGCCGAACUUUCCCUUGAUACACUUCGGCUCGAGUUUCAGUGGGUCAUUGCGGGACGUCCCACAAUUAUCUCCAGCAGGGGUCAAGCGCAAGCGCCUCGCCGCGCCCUCACCGCCUUCGGAGGCAGGGGCCACCAUCGCCGAAGAGGAGGGGGAUGAGGACGGCUUCUCGGAACACCGCACGUCAAGCCCUGUCGUUGACUUCAACUUCAACGGGAAGCGGCGAAAGCUCGACUCAACUCGAUCAGGGGACGUGGGUUCGCACCGUGGCACGGCUAGUCCGGAGGUAAAAGUCAAGGUGGAACAUAGCGAUGAUGAGCUCGAUCGUUCGAACGUGGCAGAGAUGCUCAGCUUUGAUCACGAUCAUCGUAUCGAUGGGUAUAGCUCAGACUCUAGCAGAAGCGACACCGAUCAUGACGUGAGGCGACAGGAUUGGCCGCUACCACCAGAAGCGAUGUUCUUCUCAAAACUACCUCGAUAGUUCCCACUGUGAUGCAUUUCUUCCUUUCUUAUUCCUUCUCUAAUGUCGUGAAUCUUUUUCUCUUUCCGAUGACUGGAAGCGCGUUUCUGUGCUCAUAGACUUCCACAUCCCUAUAUAUUGCUCAUUUAUACAGCUACCCCUGUUUGUAUUACCAGACAUGUAUUGCUCUAGUUUUCUGUCGUCUCUCGCCUCUCUUGUCGUGGAUCAUUAUUCAUUUUAGCAUAUUGGCCC